AUGCCAAGUCCUCAUCGCAGCACGUCCUCACCGGCGCGGCGAACUCGGACAGCGGCAACAGACCAGUCUUCAGGAUUUCCCAUCCACCCGACGCGUCACUCCCGCCAUUCCCGCGCCUCCACGCGUAGCUCCUACCAGGAAAGCAGCACGUCGAACUACGAUGUGGAUGAGGCCAGGAAGGAGGUGGCAGACUGUGCCACUCCAGCAAAUCAGGUGUCCCCGGAUACACCGCACUUGUCUCCCUACCGGCAAUACGGGACAAACAGCACUGGCAGGAGCGAACAAGAUCGCAAUGAUGAUGCUCCGCAGGACUACCCUCGGUUGACCUAUCACCGCAAUGGUAGUGUGUCGCAGAUGAAUCAGAGCAUCCUGAAACUGGCAGGUGGCAGGGGGCGGAGAACGCGGCGGUUUGGCACAGUCCCCAUUCACCCUUCUAGUCGUUACGUCAGUGUGACCAAUCGCGACGUCCCCACUCCCCACAGUAGAAAGCCGUCCAAAUCUUCAGCGGGUAGACACGCCACCGACGUACAUCCAUCACGUGCCUCCCGCAUGGUGGAGUUCUCAGUCGACAUUGAAACGCUGGAGGACUACAAAACACCGAUACGCCAUCGCCAAGGUGGUGUGGGGUACGUGUAUGAUCACGGUGUGGGCCACACGGCGGCUCCCCUAGCGAGGCGCGUGGGUUGCCACGACCGUGAAGACCCCCCUACAGUCGUGUACGGCCAUAGCAACGGUAAUGUGGAUGAAUCGAAGGCGAACUCUACUGCCGCAACCGCUCCAGCUGAGCCGUACCACUUUCGGGUGCGUCUGUGUGAGUGUCAAGGUGUGUUUGCCGAUCUCGAAGCAUUAUCCCGCACGCCGCCUGCAGUAUACUUUGCUGUGCACACCGUCAAGGAACGCGGCCACUCUGGCGUUGUUGAGAAGGGCAGUUACAACCCCGUCUUCUGCGACGAGUUCAUGUUCUCCUCGGCCGAUCCGGAGCACGAUGCACUGGUGUGCACGCUGGUGUCGGUCAGCUCAGUGAACAACUCGCGGGGGGGCAGUAUGCAGCGAGAGAAGAAGGUGGCGGAGUGCGUACUGGCGUUACACAACUUGGCGUGGCAGGUGGAGCGGAAGGUGUGGGUGCCGCUGGUUCGUCAUCCAGGCACCUCACAGGCGUACGAACAGGGUGAGGUGCUUGUAAGUAUCUACUCUGCUGACUUCGGCUACGACGAUGUGGCGACUGAGGCGGAGGAGGCAGCGUGCUCGACUGCCAUUCACGACAUAUUGACCCACUACGCACCACAGGAGCUGCACCGACUGGAUUGGAUGACGGGUGCGUAUGUGAACAAAGGUCCUGAGGCCCUGUCUCAGCUGCGCGCGUCCUACCGGGCCCGCACAAUCGAACCCGUGCCGGUGCGCGUGACAGUGCAGCGCAUCGACGGCUUGACAGACGAGGCCGGAUGCCCAACACGGGCUUCCGAUAUCUACGUGGUGGUCGGAGACGGUUGUGUGGAGCAGCUGUCCAAGACGGUGCUGUACCGCCGCGGCGCCAUCAUUAAUCAAGAAUUCGAUCUUGUGCUCUUGAAUCCGGCGGCAGACACGGUGAGCGUCACAGUGUUCGGCAACAGCCGCAAGCUUGGCGAGGCCGUCGCUGGACUGACGAACAUCCAGGCCGGGAAGGCGAAGGAGGUGAAGCUGAUGCUCGUGCGCGCUGCUGAAACUGGCGACGCCUCGAACGGGGGACAGGCGACGAUUACUCUUCAGACGGAGAAGUACAGCAGCCCGCGCCAAAUGACGGCAAUGCAGGAGACUCGGCUACGCAACCGCGUGCUGGCGUACUUAUGGCGCUACCUUCGUGACGACCUGCACCGUCUGGACGCCAUUGUGGGCCGCAUUGACAACGAAGAGGUGUAUAUGCAGGAGUGGGCGCGCGCUGUCGGGCCCGAGCAGAAGCCUACACGGCUCACCGUCAGAGUACGAGAGGCACGUAACAUGUUCAGCGACGGCGGGCUGCUGCCACGGUGCUAUGCCCGCAUUUCUGCCGGGCCGGCGACCGUGCGUACAGGACUGGCCACUGUCCGCAAGGGCCUCGUGACGUUUAGCGACACCUUUAGUGUGCAGGUAUACGACCCGGCGCACGACGCGGUCGAGGUUAUGAUCGUCGCGGACGGCGACGAUGGGGAGCGCGAGGUGAGCCGGGUGUGCUUUGGCGUCGCCACCCUUCCGCGCCAGCGCUGUGUCGUGCGCACGCUUCAUCUCGUCGCCGCUGCGACGAAGCGCGUUGCCCACGUACAGGGCGAGCUGACGGUGGAACUGGUGGCAGAGGACUUUGGACUUACUGGCGCCUUGGCAGUCGCUUCGGAGGCAAGCAUUGGCUCUUCCUCGAGUCUGCACAUGCAGCGACUGGAGGUCAUCAUACAGCAGGGUACACCGGAGAAGCUUCAUCGCGUGCCUUAUAUGCUCGAUACGGUACCGCCCGGCGAGUGCGAGCGCUUCAUCGAGGAUCAGGAGAAGCAGUACGGAGGCCACGUGGCAGUGGCGCCGAUGACUGUCAAGAUCCUUGGCGUCAAGGCCUUUAAGCCUGUGGGGAAUUUUUACGUGAAAGUGUACCUCAACAAGGAGCCAAUUCUGCGCACGGAAGAUGUGAAAGGAUCGACCGAGGUUGUCAUGAACAUCGAGGACAACAACGAGACGACGGUCCGGCUGAAGGAGGCAUCGCAGACUGUCCUGUUCUUCAAGAUCGGUCAGCACCGCGCGCUUCGAAAGACGGCAGUGCUUGGCGAGACUGAGGUGGCCUUGGCGAACCUCGUACGAGGAGAGAAAAAUGUACUGUGGCUGCCUUUCUUCCACCCGUCGACAGAGUCAGCGUCUGGCUACGGUGGCGGCACCCAUCGUGGCUCGAUAUCGUGCGUAUCUGUCCGGCAGAAUAACGCUGUAAAGUUGAAGGGAAACCGGAUGCCGGACUCGAAUGGUAUUGUGACCACUCAGCAGGAGCAGUCUUCAGGCGCGGCACUGGCACACCAUGGCGCCGCCACCCCUUCACCUGAGGGCCUCCUUGGCAUGGAGUUGCAGUCUUUAGCCUUUCCAGCGACCACCGUCACCGAGUACAAGCUGGACGACGAGUCUGGGCGGAGGGGCGUGUCGGUACAGGAGGCAGUCACGUAUGACAUGACGUCGCUAAUUGCCAAGAUGAGGCCGAGCGAGUUGACAAAGGUUCAGCCCAGGAUUGCACAGUGUGCGUCGCUGAAAAGCGCUCACGACGAGCUCCGCGCGGAGCUGUCGAGGACGCCAAUCGCGGCCACCAUCUACGUGAAUAUCGAAUCCGUUGAGCUCGCCACAGAGGCAGGCAAGGCGCAGGAGGCACAGGGCAGGAUCGCCGUGGAGGCCGUCUACGGUAGCGAGCGUCAAAGAUCGUGCAAGCGAACAGAGUUUGCGAACGACGCUCUGCACCAGCGACAGUGCUACACCCAGAUCCGUCUCGAUAUCCCCGAGAAGCUUAACAGCACCACUAACGGCCACAAUGGCGCCACAUCGAGGGCUGCGGGGGAUGCCAAAGGUGUACCACCCCUCGAGCUACGUCUGGUUGGUGUGCACAGCAGCGAUUGGGCAGUAGGCGCAGUGUCGGGCAAGACUGGGAGCGUUGGUAGUGGUGGCGCAUUCGAUGAAGGUGGUAGGGGUAUGAAUCACUACGACGCAACUGAUUCUGCCUCCGACACCACGGCGGACUCCUGCUACAUGGGCGGGGAGAACAAUAUCCACAGUUAUAUAAAGCGCCCCAAGUACCGUUGCGGGACCUGGGCCAUCAAGCGGCAAAAAGAGGGGCGCGUGGGAUGUCUGCCGAAUACGCCCAACCUGCAGCGGCAGCACUCAAGCCGCACUGGAGUACCAACUGCAUCAUCGCACUCUAACCACUGCCAGAGUUACACUGAGGUUCAGCACAGCAACUAUUGCGAUGUGGACGAGGAGUUUUACCUCAGUGACGCAAAGACCAUUCGCAGCUAUGUGGACUCCCCAUGGCAGUCUCGACAGCAGAGUGCACACCGCGUGGAGUGGACGCUGCCCCGCCACCACAGCGGACAAGCGAAUUUGAAAAGCAUCACCAACUACCCCAGUAGCAUGUCCCUGUCUGCGACCACGGCGUCGGUGCCGUACAACUCGUGCACCCCGUGUAGAGGCGAGAUUGGUGCUGUCUGUCUCUCCCUGCGCGCGCUGCUGACAAAGCCACUGUACAAGAUCGGUGAGACGCUACGUGUGCCGAUCGUGCUACCAUCUAUGGCAACCAAGCUGUCCCACCGUGGUCCUUGCUCCCCUGAGGUUAACCGGCGCUGCGUUGUCGGCCACGUUACGCUGCGGCUAACGCUACCGGCUUUUGAGAGCAUUCCAGAAUCACUUCGGCUGGGGAGUCGCCAUGUCAUGUCGAAGGUGAUGCCGAGCUAUGUGCACUACUAUGAGCGCCGCAUUGGGGCAUACAUGCGGUCGCACAAUGCGGCGGGCCUGGUGUCGUUGCACUACAAUUUGUACGAGCGGGACGUGGCGUCCGGGUGCUGGCCGGUGUCCCUGCACGGCUGGAUGCAGGCGCUCAUUAAGCGCUUUGGUCCCGAGACGGAUAGCUUUGGACCGGAGCCCCCACUCCCCUUUGACCCCGAAGAGUGGAAGCGUGCGCGGCAGUGUAGCGAGGUACUGCGACGUGAGCGGGAGGAGGCGCUCACGCUGUCGGAGAAGGGCAGCGAAGGUGCAACUCUUCAUGCCGAGAAACACAGUGGUGCUCACUGUAGCCACAGUGUGGGUUCUUCUGCCUAUUUGGGCGGCAACUCACCGAACCGCGUUACAGCAGCGGGUACGAUGAAGAGGAGUAGCAGCGCGAACGGGAGACCCGAUGCGGCGGCUGCGCCAGCGGAAGCGGAGCACAGCUUUUAG